AUGCCGCCGUCAUCGCCGCUGCCGGUCCUAGCCUCCACCAAGCCACCGCACGUCCAAGCCUCCAGUAUACCGUUGCUGGUGUCGGCCCAAGCUUUCACUGAGGAGCCGCUGUCGGUCCCUGCCGUAGCUGGUCCCAACCUCCGCCACCACAUUCUUCCUUGCCCCUCACACAACGCCUCCGGCGGCACAUUCUUCCUCACCCCCUCCCGUGAUGCCUCCACACCGUCCACCACGUCCUGCCCGUCCUACGACCACCGAUUCCCCAUGCUCAUGGAUGUCACCCUCGUCGUUGGCACUAGGGAGAAGGGUGCCGCAUGCAUGGACGGGACCCCGCCUGCGUACCACUGGCUCCCGGGGUUCUGGGACGGGUCCGACAAGUGGCUCCUCCACUUGGAGGGUGGAAGCUGGUGCAUGAACCUGACAUGGUGCGCUCAGCGCAAGGAGACAAAUCUAGGUUCCUCUGACCACAUGGAAAGUCGAGCCGAGUUCGUUGGCAUCUUGAGCAACGAUGCAUUGCAGAAGCCUGACUUUUACAAUUGGGAUAAAGUGAAGGUAAGGUAUUGUGAUGGUGCACAUGUGUAUUCACUGUGA